AUGAGCACGAGCACGAGCAGGAGCAGGAGCUGGAGCUGGAACUGGAGCCCGCUCCUGCUAUUCUGCACGGGACUACUGGCCGCAUCGGCUCACGCUCAAAACUGCAGUUACACACUAUAUAGUCCGAAUGGGACGAUAGAAAGCCCUGGAUACCCUUACGGAUACCCAAACUACGCCAACUGCACAUGGGUGAUUGUGGCACAGGAACACAACCGGAUACAGUUGGUAUUCCAAGGCUUUGCUUUAGAAGAGGAUUUUGACAUACUCUCUGUCUAUGAUGGGCAGCCAAGCCCUGGAAACCUACGAACCCGGUUAACGGGCUUCCAGCUUCCUCCACCCAUAGUCAGCACUGGAGCAAGACUUACACUGUGGCUACUGUCAGACUAUGCUGUGAGUGGCCAGGGCUUCAAAGCAGUAUAUGAAGCCCUUCCCAGCUACACCUGUGGUAACCCCGGACAGCUGCUCAAUGGCCUCCAACAGGGCUCCACCUUCAACAUCGGAGACAAGAUCCGCUACAGCUGCAGUCAAGGCUAUGUGCUGGAGGGUCACACCGUGCUGUCCUGCCUGGCCACCUCAUCCGGCACGGCUGCAUGGGACUUUCCCUUGCCCUACUGCCGAGCGGAUGAUGGCUGUGGGGGUACGCUGCGGGGUCAGAGUGGCAUCAUCACCAGCCCUAACUACCCCCAGGAGUACAACAACAAUGCAGACUGCACAUGGACAGUGUUGGCUGAGCCAGGUGACACUAUUUCGCUGGUCUUUACUGACUUCCAGCUGGAGGAGGACUACGAUGUCCUGGAGGUCAGCGGCACUGACGGCUCCUCCCAGUGGUUCACGGGUCCCAACCUCCCUUCUCCCAUCAUUAGCAGUAAGAACUGGCUGCGGCUCCAUUUCACCACUGAUGGCAACCACAAGCUCAGGGGCUUCAGUGCACAGUACCAAGUGAAGAAGAUGACAGAGCUGAAGUCCAGAGGGGUCAAGAUGCUCCCAAGUAAAGACAACCACAGCAAAAUUUCAGUCUUGUCCCAGAUGGGUGUGGCACAAGGACACAACAUGUGUCUGGACCCUGGAAUUCCAGACCGGGGAAAAAGAAAAGGCUCGGACUUCAGGUGAGAAAUGAGCUUAUAGAUUACUGAUUAACAGACUCCAUUCAGAGGACAAGGAGGAGAGAAGGAAGAGGAAUGCAGUUAAUUUAGUGUUUGUAAUGCCAGCGUGAUGAAUAGCGAGAGGUGG